GCCAUUUUGUAAGACAGUUACGGUUACUUUGAAUUCUUUCUGAGAUUUACAAGUGACAUGAAGAUACAUGGGGAUCACUGAGGUCGCCAUAUUGAACUAAUUUAACAGUCACCGCCUGACAAUGGUAGGCCGAAGUACUGAAGAUUUCCUGACAUGUCACCUAUGUAAGAAGUACUACACCGACCCAAGGUACCUCCCGUGUCUCCACACCCUAUGUAAGACCUGCAUCUCCAAAGAUGUCCGAGACACUGCGGGUCAUUCCGGCCAGUACGCGUGUCCCCUGUGCUACAAGCCCGCGGGCUUCCCCCAGAGUAACGACCCACAGAAUAUCGUUGAGAACCUCCCAGAGAAUGCCAUGAUUUCGGGCAUGGUGGACGUAGUUCAGGCGCGAAAUUCCAUCAAGGUUCCAUGUCAGCCUUGUUUGAGGAAAAAGAAAUCCGUGGACGCCAGCCACUGGUGUCGUCACUGUAGUGAAACUCUCUGUGAUGAUUGCACCGAAUUUCACCAAUCGCUGAAGAAAACCAUGAAGCAUGAAGUUAUGGAUCUUGCGAAAAUGAGGAAGAUGCCAAUCAAAGACAUGAUGGCCCCGCCCGCCUGUAAACACCACGAGGACGAGACUCUAACACAGUAUUGUGACGACCACGAGGAGCUGUUGUGUAAUACUUGCACGGCGACACGACACAGGAAGUGCGGUAGUGUUCGUGACGUCGCAGAAGUCGUGGAAACUAAACAAAAUGGCGUCAAGUCACUUCAUGACAGACUUAGCGAACAGGCACGCGGGGCGGAAUAUGUGGCAGACGACAGACAGGCAGCAGUCAGGCAGAUGGACAAUAACAUGGCAACAACACUUGACGAAGUGAAGUCAUUGAGAAAGAGAAUUAAUGACAUGCUCGAAAAAUGCGAAACGCAACUCGCUGCAGAACUAAAAGAGAUCGGAUCACAGGAAAAGGAGAGACUUGCGAGUCAAGUACAGAAUGCUCAAUCGCUUUUGAGCGCAGCAGGUAACUCAACAGAAAUACUGAAACAAUCUAAAGAAAACGGUGGCGAUAUUCACUUUCUCCAGUGGAUGAACCAAGUUCAAAAUGCUGUAGAGGACUUCUCUGAGAGAUUUCGGGGCAUAAGCACAGACAUGUCCAAAAGUAAUGUGACGUUUAUUGCAGACCACAAACUGACCAGCCUGGCGCAAAACAUUACAAAACUAGGUACAAUUCACGUAAGCAAUCCAUCAAAUCCAGUACUUUCAAAAUCGCCACGGUCCAAACCUUCGUCGUCGAGGUCAAAAUCGUUGUCAUCAAGGUCUGGCAGUAUUGUCUCGGACAGGUUAUUAAGACGGAAAAGCAGAACGAGGUCACUACUUAGAGAAUUCACUCCGUACGCUGAUUCCGUAUUCUUCGGUAGUGACGACGGAAGAGAUACACGAACGUCACGCAGGUCCACUUCGUUACUUCCGGUUUUCUCGGCACGGGCUCCCUCCGACAUUUUGCCCUGCUGGUUGACAGGUGUCGCUCAGUUGAGUACUGGCUUAUGGAUAUUUGCAGACAAGAAUAACAAGAAACUCAAACUCUGCGAUUCGCAUUUCCAAUUCAAAUCAGAGAGAAUCAUACGGGACGAGCCGUUUGACGUUGCCCCUAUAGGUCAUGGUGAAUUCGCUGUCACGGUUCCCGAUGCUCGAGUGAUUGAGGUUUUCCUGGCAAUAAAUGGCAUCACCCCAAUCCGGACAAUAAAGUCUACGGAAAAAUAUCACGGAAUCAGCAUCGCGUUUGAUAAGAUAGCAGUCACGUGUCUGACGAUGUACCCUCCAGCCGUGAGGGUCCUGAUGAAGGAUGGUACCUUGCUGCACCACAUCGCCCCAGAAGAUGGGUUUCGCCCGCUGUUGUUGAAACCCUUGUACGUCGCCUGGGAUAGUGGCGCCAGAUUCCUAUACGUGUCGGAUACACAGAAAGACAGGGUAGUCUGUCUAGACGCGUCAAAAACUAAAAAGUUUGAGUACCGCCAUUCCUGCCUUGCGUCACCCCGGGGAAUAGCCCGCGGGGAAGGGGAAUCCUUCUACAUCUGUGGGUGGGGCACGGACAACAUACAACAUGUUGACGGUCGUGGUGUGCUUAUCCGUGAACAGCUUCAGCGCCAUGAUGGCGUCAUGGGACCACAGGCAGUGUGCGUCUCACAGGACAACGAAAAGCUUGUGGUGACCCUUGACCCCACCAGUUGUAAUAGUGACACAAUCUUUGUAUUCAAUACGUAAUCAUGAUGGUUGUGAUUUCAUAUCGUGUUCCAAUACAACUGCAGUCGAUCAGGUGACCAAUUAGAUUUACGCCAUGAUGAUGGACACGGGGAUUUUAUAGAAGAUCGUCUUUCAAACGGAAACUGCUUGUUGCCGCGAUGUUCAACCUUCUCACUUUUGGAAUGCAAUUGCAUAUGAAAACCUGAUAUUUAAUCUUGAGCAAAUAUUGCGGUAGUGACAACUUAUUUCUUGAAAAUAAUGUAAAGCACGAGACGAGAUUUUGAAAAUGAUCAUGAUAUAAUAUAGCAUGCAUAAUUGUAAGUGUUAUUAAUUUCUGAAGAGACCCUGUUACUCCUACUCUGAGGUCGUACUUUACAAUGCACAUGAAUCUGUUAACCUUAAAAUCGAGAUCAUACACGAAUAUGUAACACAGGAAAUCUGAGGUCGUACAUUUACUUGGUGGUUAAAAUGUAAUCAGUGGUCGUACAUGGACCUAUUACACCUGCAAUCUUUGGUUGUACAUGGAACUGUUACACCUGUAAUCUGCACCUGUAAUCUGAGGUCGUACAUGGACCUGUUACACCUGUAAUCUGAGGUCAUACAUAAAUCUGUUACACCUGUUAUCUGAGGUGGUACAUGGACCUGUUACAAAAUUACACCUGUAAUCUGAGGUCAUAC